GUCCGCGAACCAGGUAGACCCAGCUGAUAAAACCAGGUGUCCAGUGCUUCCAUUAUUCACGAGUCUCUACUGGUUACCGGAAGCAACGGUGUUCCGAAGGAAGAUUCGUUCCAAGGAGUUAUAUCCUGCUUCAUUGGAGUUUAAUUAUCGUACGGUCUUCGAGGAUGGCGCAGUGGAUGAGCUUCGUCCUGUUCGUCGUGGCGACGACGAUCGCGGUGACGGAGUCUAGGGCUAUUCCUGCCGAGCCUAUUUCAGUAAUGCUAGACCCGUACGGCAACCCCAUAGUCUUCCUCCGCGAGAAGAGGACAGCGGUCCACCCGUACCCUCACAGAGCCAUGAUGUUCACCGGCUACUACAGACCGGUGCGACGGUCUAAUCACGCUGGCCAAGCGACAGGUGUGUUCGCUCAAGGUAACGCGGUGAGCGGGGAGGCCUUCUUCGGUGGCAUGCAGGCGCCACACUUGAAGAACGGCCCGGAACCGAUCGAAGAACCGGAAGUCUCCAGCGCGGAGGCUCAGGCUGCGCCAGAGCCGGAACAUUCCUACGACGAGCAGGAGCAGACUCAGGUGCAGGAACACGAAGGUUACCAGCCGGAGCACCAUCAUUAUCAUCAGGAGGAGGAACAUUAUCCUCAAGAAGAGGAACAGAAUCAUCAGGAAGAGGAGGAACAUCACAAGCAACAUUUACCUCCUGCUCAGGAACAACCGGAACCGGAACCAGCCCCAGUGUACACCACAGAGGCAGCCCCGGUGACUCCAGCAGAAGAGCCUGUUCACACGGUUCCAGAAGUGGUUACUAAUCGUCCGAAAGUUCAACAAGGGAAGAAAACUAAGAAGACACCGGUAGUAGUGGAGGAGGAAGACGACGACGAAGAAUACGACGAUGAACCAUCGGUUCCUUUCAUUCCUUUCAAGGGAAACCGUCGCCGACAAAAUUACCCGAAUUUGAAUAACUUCUUCCCGAUGGUGUUCAGCUUUCCUGGAGGAUCAUCCCGGUCUGGAGCCCCUGGAUCUCCUCCAGGAGCGGUGACUGCGAUUGCUAAUAGUUAUUCUACUGCUAAAGGAGGCGUUGCUAGUUCAAUAGCAACCGCUUAUGGCGGAUCUCCUAAUGGGAAAAAACGACCUGCACCGACGUCCGAGGAAUAAACGAGGCUAGACAGGUGAGCUGCCUCUCGAUACCGUUAAAAUCAAUAUUCCACGCGACAUUAAUAUGCAGACAGGACAGACCUCUUUUAAUCGUCACGGCGGUGAAAAAUCGACCAGAUAAUCGCCUGAUUGUGAGAGAAACAGAGAGGAGGUCCUUAGAUUUAACUCUUGUCUCGUGAAACAAGUAGAGAUACUUAAUCAAAUUAUGCCAACCCUUUACGAUCACCUAUUAUUAUAAUUAAGUUAAUUAUAAUUGAUUAAUCUUAAAUUCAAAAAUGUUUCUCUUAUGAAAAAUCGAUAUUUUACCAUUAGAAUAAUUAAUUUCCUUUUUAAUCAUUAGAUUCUUAGCUCGUAAGGUGAGGAUUUUUAAUAAUAAAUCAAACGGACAAGUGCAAUAUUAAGUCGAUCGUUGAAAGGGUUCGCAUCAUUGUUGAAACGUUACUGCCAUAAAUUUUAGACGAGAAAUCGAUCGAAACUGAUCACGCGAUUGUAGUAUAGCUCGUAGAUCUGCGUUAGAGAAUAGCUUGCGAAUCCUCAGCACUGCUGAGGUUCCAUGAUAAAUUCUAUCGAGAAUUAUUGUUACUGCCGAAUGUUAGGAUUAUUUUCAAAAUAAAAAGAAACGAUCAAUCUUA